UUUGCAGUCUUCUCAGUCAUCACACUCCUCCACCAUCAAUCUUGCAAAGUUUCCACCUCCGAUCAAAUAUGGAACCAAAAGCUAUUGCUUCAGAGUCAUUUGGAAGGUUUAAUAUUUCUCCGUCUCAAGUUGCAUCCAUAAUCGAUCAUUUUCUCUACGCCAAUUUUUCCCUCACGCGUGCCACCUUCCAAAUGGAGGCUUCCUCCCUCUUUGCCAAUUCGCCAGUCAACCAGUUACUGUUUGAUCAAGCGAGGCUUGAGGUGACGCAAGAAAAGAUUAGAGUUCAGAAAUUUUGGCAGGGCAUGGAAAAUGUUCUCAACACUUACAAUGUCUCUCCUCGACUAACCGUGCUAAAUGAUGUUAUAAUGAACGGAACCUUUGUUGUUGUUCCUCCCUUCAGGGUUUGUAAAAUCAUUUCAGGUACAAGUUUUUUGUAUGGUUCAUCAUGA